UAUCGACUAAUUGGUCAGCUGAAGUGCUUUUGAAAUUCACUUUGAGAGGGAACCAUUUUUGGUGUUGAUUAACUUAAUUGUUAUUUAAAUAAUGUCUGUCAAUGCAAGUUCUUUGAAUUUAGUUACAAUGGAAAUGAUCAUUGAAAGAAGGAAACAUGUUAAAGUCGCUAAAGAAGCUCUUUAUUGGGGAUUAGCUAAUUUGAUUGUCGUUCUUUUCCUAUCACUUGACAUUUACACUGGCGUGUUUAGUUCUUAUAUUACAUCUUCCGCAUUUCUUCAGGUUAUUUUUGGUAUUGAAAUUACAUUAUUCCUACUAUUUGGUGUAAAUGUUGUUUAUGAUCUGUAUCUCCACUCAUGGUUACGUCUUUGGAUGAAGCCUAUUGAAGUUACUAUUGAACAGAAAAAAUUAUUUAGAAUAGCAGAUAACGAAAUAGGAUUCAGAGAUUUCAAUUCUUCUGCCUUAUCUCGAGAUAAAGUUAUAAACACUACUGGUAAACAAUCUACCCCUAUGACUUUUGCAUCGCCAAAAUUUUCUAUUUUACCUGAUAAAGAUUCACCUGCAACCCCACCGAUUACGAGUUCUCUUUGGAUGGGUAAAGCUGCUCUCAAUUCCUCUUUUUAUACUUCUACACCAAGUAACCUAAGCUUCAACGCCUCUUGGCAUUUACCGAAUAACACCUUUGAAUCUUUAGAAAAUUCUUUCGAUGAAAGCCUAUUGAGACGACGAAUGACACCAACAGCAACCCUAUCAGACAGUAUCAAAGAUGAAGCAAGUCUCAAAAAAUAUCUAAAAGAAUUUGAUGAAGUCGAAGAAAAGAUGACUCAGAUGAGUGAAGUUGAACAACAAGCCACUCAAAAUCAAAGCCCUUUCUCUUUCCAAAAACCAAUGAUUGAUUUAACUAAUGUCAGUUACCAUGCUUCGGAUGAUUCAUCUCUUUUCGCCAAUGCUGACAAUGAUGAAAAUUUCUCCAAUGUUUUCAUGAACACCGAAUCAGCCGAUUCAAUUUGCUGUAGGCUGAAUAUCCCUCCAAAUAAGCUUUCCAAAUGGGUAGAUAACAUUAAAAAUUGGAUCAACACUACAAUCUUAACCAUGGUGGUAAAAGAUAUUGAGAAAAUUAACGAAACGUUAAUUAAGGCUGGUUUAGUUGAAUCUCUGAUUGGUGAGGUUGGACUAUCUCAAGUGCGACAACUCUCCACUUUAAAAUCUAAAGAAAUACCAACAUUAUCAACUAUCUUACCAUAUCUAGAACUUUCAAUCCACCAAGAGUAUUUAAUUAAAAGAUUACAAGACUUAAAUAAACGUAAACUUAGUAAUUUCGUUUGGAAUGGUGGUAAUUCAUACAAGGGUAAAUCUUGGACGGAAGAAUGGCCUUCUGAUGCCCAGAUAAUAAGCCAUUGCUUUUGUACUUACAUGAAUUCCAAGCUUCCAUCAAAUCCAAAUUAUCCUGAAACAAAGGCUUUUACUGGGCAAUAUUUCCGUAUCUUAGAUGGCAAAGACAAAUCUAAUAAGAUCCAAAUUCACAUGCUACAAACAAAAACGUAUCCUCCUCAUUUCGAUGUCGUAGUUAAAGCUGAUGAUGUGCUCGAGAUACCAAAGGGAAGAAAUAACGUCUUUUAUGCCACAAUAAUCUUUCUAUAUUUCAUCAAGACCAAACAUUAUGGAUUCUUAGGACGUGUCAACCUUGGACCUUCAGGCGUCAAUAUCCUUUGGACCAUCGACUAAAUCAAACUUGUUUGAUUAUCCAAUCACUCAGAAUUAAUUUUCUCAUCAAAAACAAUAAACUUUCAUAACUUCGAUUAAAUUAAAUUAUCACUUUGGCUGGUAAAAUCAUCAUAAAAUCAUCAACACCACACACAAACAAUUUACUACGAAAGGAAAAGGAGGAAGAGCAACAAUCAACUUCACGAGAAAAAAAAAUCUCUCUGUACAUAUAAUCAAAACUUCAUUUACUCAAUUCCUUUAUCAAAUUUACCAACAAGUCCAAUGUAUAUUCAGAAUAUUUUUUGUCGAUAAAACUUCAUCUUAUAAACUAA